CCGGCGGCGGCGUGGCCGCACUCGCGGACGGCGGCGCCAUGGCGAUGGUGCGGCUGUGUUGCGUUAUGAGCGGCGGCCCGGCUCCGUCCUUGGGGAAAUUCCUGCGCUGGGAGUUGCGGAGGGCGGCGUGGACAAAAGAAGCUGCCGGCCCGCCCCGCUCGCUCGGUACGUCUGUGUGUCUGCGAUCUCACUGUGCUCCUCCUUACGCGGCCCCGCAGAAGGCUGGAGGUGGGAAAAGCGAGGAGUUCGACGUGGUGUACCGGUUCCCGGGCAUCAAGUACUGCCGCGUGCUGUCCAGGCUGAAGCUGCUGCAGACCGCGACCACCCUGCUGGUGCUGCCGCCCGUCUGCUACCUGCACCUGCAGCAACAGCUGCCCCAGGCCGUGCUGCUCUACACGGCAGGCAUCGCACUCUUUGCUGGAGUGAUGCUGUACGGGAUGAGCUAUUUUUUCAGACGAAUUAUCGGAUUGAUCUACUUAAGUCGAUCAGGAAGAUCUGUCAAAGUGGCCCACCUGACGUUCUGGGGGAGGCGCAACGACAUUUGCUGUCCCCUGGAGAAGGUGAUGACUUUGGAUGAGGUCGGGGAUGCCAGAGGGGAGCUGCUGCUGCGGUUCAGGCGCUAUGACAGCACAGAGAUCUUGUAUUUCACGAUCAAAUACGGCCAGAUUGUGGACAGACAGAAGUUUCUGCAAAUAUUUGGAGAGCUGCAGUGAUGGGGCAGCAGAGCGCUGCUGAUGUUGCUUGUUGCGUUGUUACCUGUGUGGAUUCUUGCAUGAUGGCUGUCUGUAUACAGACAUCUGUGGAGGCAGCUCUUUGGAGGAAUUUAUUUAAUAUGCUCUGAUGAUUGGGUGUGUGCUAGGUGUAAAAUGAAAAGCCUCAGAGAAGUCCAAUUAUAAAUAUUUUAUUUAAGAAUACUGAUUACACGAGACGUCAUUCCGUUAUGAAUUUGUGUACAAUUACUAGUUCCACCAUGAAGUGUACUUAAGUAUUGGUUUAAACAUUUAUUUGGCACUGUCCACGGUAUGCUGUAAACAAUAUUAACUUCAUGUGCUUCA